CUCACUGAAGUGGACAAAGACAUUUAGUCACUUUGACGGAGCAGGGAGAGCCAAGUUGGAAUUAAAGUUACUUGGAGAAAAAGAGAUGGAUGCAGAGGCUGAAGAUAAAACGCUGCGUACUCGCUCUAAAGGAACCAAGGUGCCAAUGGAUUCUCUACUCCAGGAGCUCAAUGCUGCGUAUGAUUGCUCCAUGGCCAAGAAGAGGAGAGCAGAAGAGCACGCUUUGGGGGUCCCGGUCAAUAAGAGGAAGUCCCUGCUAAUGAAGCCACGGCACUACAGCCCAAACAUGGACGGCAAGGAAGAAAGCGAGGACAGGACGGAGGUGGAGGAAGAUGCUGGCCUCCUCGAAGGCAACGAUCACAUGACCACAGAAGAAAUCGUCAUAAAACCUCUGGAUGAGAAGCUCCGUUCAGCUGCGCAAGAAAACUCCGGCACAAAAGCACACAGAUACGGCUGUUAUCAAGAGCUCGUGGUCAAAUCUUUAAUGCACUUGGGGAAAUUUGAAAAAAAUCUAUCUGUUCAGCCCAUGAGUGAAAACUUAAAUGGCAGUGGCAUCCAGUCUCUAAGAGCAGAGAGCGACGAGGUGGACGAGUGCUGUGUGACCCAUCCUGAUGAUAGAAAAGAAGAAACUAAUUCCCGGCUACCCUUUUGCUUAUCCGAUGACAGUGAAAGCGCCUCCGAAAGUGCAGAGAACGGUUGGGACAGUGGCUCCAACUUCUCAGAAGAAACCAAACCACAUAGAGUUCCAAAAUAUAUCUUAGUGGAUAAUAGAAAAGACCUACUGGAUGUUCCUGAAAUAAAAACUGAAGGCGACAAAUUUAUCUCAUGUGAAAACAAGUGUGAUUCUGAAACAGAAAUGAGAGACGCGCAGCAUGCUCCCGCGGACCCGCCGGAUGGCACAGCCUUGCGGCCGUUCUCUGGGGCGGCGGCGGAGGACCAGGCGUGUACGGCGGUAAUGAUGGAAGAGCCCACUGGCCCGGAGAAAGCCGAGGGGAACUUAAGUCUGCUGGAGCAGGCGAUUGCUCUGCAGGCUGAGCGCGGCUACGUUUUCCGUAACACCUACAAAGAGCUGGACAGGUUCCUAUUGGAGCACCUGGCAGGGGAAAGGCGGCAAACCAAAGUUACUGACACGGGUGGAAGACAAAUCUUUAACAAUAAACAUUCACCAAGGUCUGAAAAGAGAGAGACCAAGUGCCCCAUCCCUGGGUGUGAUGGCACAGGACAUGUGACAGGACUCUACCCCCACCACCGCAGCCUUUCAGGGUGCCCCCACAAAGUGCGGGUUCCCCUGGAAAUUCUUGCCAUGCAUGAAAAUGUGCUCAAGUGUCCUACCCCAGGAUGCACAGGAAGAGGGCAUGUGAACAGCAACCGCAACACCCACAGGAGUCUUUCUGGCUGUCCAAUUGCUGCAGCUGAAAAAUUGGCAAUGUCCCAAGACAAAAAUCAGCUUGAUUCUCCCAAAACCGGGCAGUGCUCUGACCAGGUUCACAGGACAAACUUGGUGAAGCAAAUUGAAUUCAAUUUUCCAUCACAGGCCAUCCCCUCUCCCAGAGCCACUGUGUCAAAAGAACAAGAGAAGUUUGGAAAAGUACCGUUUGAUUAUGCCAGUUUCGAUGCUCAGGUUUUUGGGAAACGUCCCCUUGUACAAACAGGUCAAGGACGAAAAACAACACCAUUUCUUGAAUCAAGGCAUUUUUCAAGUCCAGGGAAAUUUCCUAAUCGACUGCCUAGUGCAAGCGCCCACACACAGAGCCCUUGUCGUGCCAGCUCUUACAGCUACGGUCAAUGUAGUGAAGACACCCACAUAGCAGCAGCUGCUGCCAUCCUGAACCUUUCCACCCGCUGCAGGGAAGCUGCAGACAUCCUCUCCAACAAACCACAGAGCCUGUAUGCCAAGGGACCAGAGAUAGAAGUGGAUGAAAAUGGCACAUUGGACUUAAGCAUGAAAAAAAAUCGACUCCUGGACAAGGCUGUGCCCCUAGCUUCCUCUAACACUUCUAUCCCGCCUCCUUCCUCUUCCCCUCUCAAAGCAAGUGGCAUCUUGGUCAAUGGGGCUUUCUGCCAGAGCCUCUGUGGUCAAGAGGGCUGGGAUACUCCUGUCAACUAUAGCAAAACUCACGGGAGAACAGAGGAAGAGAAAGAGAAAGACUCAGUGAGCUCUCUAGAUAAUUUGGAGGAAAAAAAGUUUCAUGGGGAAGCCUCCAUACCAAGCCCUAAACCCAAGCUCCAUGCAAGAGAUCUCAAGAAAGAACUCAUUACCUGUCCAACGCCAGGAUGCGAUGGAAGUGGCCAUGUCACAGGAAACUAUGCUUCCCAUCGCAGUGUUUCUGGAUGUCCUUUAGCAGAUAAGACUCUGAAGUCCCUGAUGGCUGCUAACUCUCAGGAGCUUAAGUGUCCAACACCAGGUUGUGACGGCUCAGGGCAUGUGACUGGAAACUAUGCUUCCCACAGAAGCUUGUCCGGCUGCCCUCGUGCCAGGAAAGGUGGUGUCAAAGUGACUCCUAUGAAGGAAGAAAAAGAAGACCCUGAGCUCAAAUGUCCUGUGAUAGGGUGUGAUGGCCAAGGUCACAUAUCAGGUAAAUACACGUCCCACCGCACGGCUUCGGGCUGUCCCCUGGCUGCCAAGAGACAGAAAGAGAAUCCUCUCAAUGGGGCACUCCUCUCCUGGAGGCUGAACAAACAAGAGCUGCCACACUGUCCCUUGCCAGGCUGCAAUGGGCUGGGCCACGUAAAUAACGUCUUUGUCACCCACAGAAGCUUAUCUGGAUGUCCUCUAAAUGCACAAGCCAUCAAAAAAAGCAAAAUCUCAGAAGAACUAAUGACCAUCAAGCUCAAAGCAACUGGAGGUAUAGAGAGUGAAGAAGAAAUUAGGCAUUUGGAUGAAGAAAUAAAGGAACUGAAUGAAUCCAACCUUAAAAUUGAAGCAGAUAUGAUGAAACUUCAGACACAGAUUACCUCCAUGGAGAGCAACUUAAAGACGAUAGAGGAGGAAAACAAACUUAUAGAACAGAACAAUGAGAGCCUGCUGAAGGAGCUGGCGGGUCUGAGCCAGGCUCUCAUCUCCAGCCUUGCCGACAUCCAGCUCCCGCACAUGGGGCCUAUCAGUGAGCAGAAUUUUGAAGCCUAUGUAAAUACACUCACAGACAUGUACAGCAACCUGGAACGGGACUAUUCCCCGGAAUGCAAAGCCCUGCUGGAAAGUAUCAAACAGGCAGUGAAGGGCAUCCAUGUGUAGGACCACAGGGCUGCUGGGCAGCAGAAUUCACCAACGGCAGUGAUACGGAUGGAUCCUGUGCUGCUAAGGCAUGUAGGUUGCCUCCUGCAUUUACAAUGGCGACAUUGCACUAAUUUUUCCCCCCCAGCUGACAUAAAAAGGAAAGAAAAACUAUGAUAGACUCUUUGGAUUAAAAGCGAUGCAGUCAAAUAUUAGAACUUAUUUAUUUUCAUAUGUUUUUAUUUUAUUUCUGCACUCCUUUUGGUUUCUUUCUUUCUCUUUUUUGUAAAGUAUAUAUAAAAUAAAUGUGACAUUUUUAUAUUUUAUUUAUUUCUAAUCAGAGUUUUUUAUCUUUUAACUGCAUUUUGAAGCUGCCAUAUUUUUACAAGUGUGUUCGUUAAUUUAUUUUCCAAUAGAAAUGCUAUUCUCAAAUCACAUACCUUGCUGGGUUUAAAUGAGAAAACAGAAAAAAUAUGAAGGGAAUCCCUGUCUAAGGACUCACUAUGGUCCAGUAGAUUUUUAUUGCACACUUCUUGCCCCAUUUCACUGGCUUUGCAUCUAUCAGUGGGCUUGUGGUGAGCUGCAUGGAGGGCAUGAGAGGCUCCCUGGUGCCUACAGGUGGGAAUGCACACUCACAAAGCACAGUGUACUGGAAGCAGCAAUAAUUAAACAGCAAUCAGCAAAGUACUCAACUUGGCUAUGCGGUUUUCGUUAAUAUGAAUUAUUUAUUUGAAAUGCUUAAAGAAACGUAUGCUUUUUUAGUGAUGCAAAUUUGUCUGUUUUUCAAAUCCUCUCAGAGAGUUGGCAACUCUUACUCCAAGAUGAGAAAUAAGAUUUGAUGUGACCAGCCAGGCUUUCCUGCCGUAUGUUGGUACAACAUACAAGUGACAAUAUGGAUGUUGAUUUGUACUUAACGAAUACAAACACAUCCAAAUGGAAAAUUCUGUAGAUAACCAUAUCCCCUGAAAUAGCAUUUAUCUUACUGGGUUGACUGGAAAGGAAUGGAAAAUAUAGUAACGGGUGAAAAAUGGUUCUCCUAUCUGAGCAGUUACUUUGAACACUGGUGACAUUGUCUCACCCUUCUUAGGCAACAGGACAACUUUCAAUUCAAUGAAAAUCUUUCUGUAGGACUUCAAGAGCUACAAACUACCCACAGAUAAGUGCGUACACUCACUUGUGUGAAAUUGAGCCCGAAAUCUUGAAUUUCUAGAUGGAUCAGAGUUUAGUAGUUGCUAUAGUUAAGGCAAUGUCUAUUUCAGGGAUUGUAAAGUAGUUAAGCAUUGUUUCAAAAGUUUUUUUAUAUUUAUUUUUUUUAAGAUAAAGGUAUAGACAACCAGCUAAACUGCCUUUUUGGUGUGCACACACACCACGUGUGCAAUGUGCCUCCGUGUAAAUGGACACUUGAACUUCGUGUGGGCUUAAUUUUCUGUGCUAUAAGAAAAUUGUUUAUUUUUUAUUAGCCUCAUGGAUAUGUAGGUUGAAUGUGACGGCACACAGGCUUGAUAUAUUCCACUGUUAUUACUGUUACCUGCACAAAUCAAAAGUAGUAUCACAGUAACUCCAAUUUCCAUGACACUGUGGUCAUUGUUAUGUAUUAAGUGGGGCUUAUCUUUGGUUUGGGGUUCAUUUGAACCCUUGAAUCUUAGUUUAGUGAAAAUGAGAUGUCUGUUCUUAGGUAGGAAUGGUGUUUAUUUAAAAGUCAAUUAAAAAGAAAGCAGCUACCAUAGUCUAUUAUAAAUGGGAUACCAAACACAAUUUUCUAUUAAAGUUAUGUACUUGCAAACAUUUUGCUAUGCAGUACUUAAUAGAUGCAUACAAAUGAGUUCACUUAUUGCAAAGACAAAGGUUUAAUUUGCUAAAUAUUUUAACAAGUUUGUUAUAUAUUUUAUUUAAUUUAAAAGAAACCUCUUACCAACCUCUGUAUUUAUUACUAUAAUUUACUAUGACUUCGGGUUAAUUUAUUUGUGUUUGCAUAGUUUGAGAAGAACGUUUUGUGAAAUAUGUUUGUAUUUAUUUGCCUCCUUUGUACUUGACGUGUUUUGUAAUGUGCACUGAAUUUUUUUUUCCUUUCCACUACAUUAAUGAUCGAUCCUGUAAAUUUGGUCUUUUGUAAACAGCAAAAAGGCAAUGAUGUAUGCAUUUUUUUAAUUUCAAGUAGUUUGUAUACUGUUUCUUCAAAACAAUUAAUAUUUCUUACAUCAAAGAAACAAAAUUGUGUUCAGUGCUGUACAUUUGGUAUAUGGUAGGAAAUAAAAAUUGAUGAUGAGUUUGGCUGUGAUCUUUCUCAGGCUACCACUCAGAGACGGUCAUCGCCAUCCCACCCAGUGUCCUGGGAGACCCCCUGCUGGAGUCACAUACCUUGCUCCCUGAGCGGUU